GGCGCGCGGCCUAACGGCGGUGGUAGCUGCGAGUGAAGCGGCGACGCUGGGGUUGGCGAGCUUGGCGGCCACAGGUCCCGCGGCGGCGUCUGUGAAGGACCCUGGCCGCGGGCGGAGGCGGGAGGCUCGCGACGGAGGCCCUUGGCGAUGGUGGGCGUCCCUGGAGCGGCCGCCUUCCAGCUUGGUCCUGAGAAAAGGGUGCCAGCAAUGCCUGGAUCGCCUGUGGAAGUGAAGAUACAGUCAAGAUCCUCACCUCCCACCAUGCCACCCCUCCCACCAAUAAAUCCCGGAGGACCCAGGCCAAUGUCAUUUACUCCUACAGCAUUAAGCAAUGGCACCAACCAUUCUCCUCCUACGCUGAAUGGUGCCCCAUCACCACCACAAAGAUUCAGCAAUGGUCCUGCCUCUUCCACGUCAUCUGCACUAACAAAUCAACAAUUGCCAGCCACCUGUGGUGCUCGGCAGCUCAGCAAGUUAAAACGCUUUCUCACCACUCUACAACAGUUUGGCAAUGACAUCUCACCUGAGAUUGGGGAGAAGGUUCGGACACUUGUUCUAGCACUGGUGAACUCAACAGUAACAAUUGAAGAAUUCCAUUGCAAGCUCCAAGAAGCUACAAACUUUCCUCUUCGUCCUUUUGUGAUUCCAUUCCUCAAGGCCAACCUGCCCCUGCUGCAGCGAGAACUGCUGCACUGCGCUCGGGCUGCCAAGCAGACCCCAUCCCAGUACCUGGCUCAGCACGAACACCUUUUGCUCAACACAAGUAUUGCUUCACCUGCUGACUCUUCUGAGCUGCUCAUGGAAGUGCAUGGAAAUGGAAAGAGGCCCAGUCCAGAAAGGAGGGAAGACAACGGUUUUGAAAGAGAUGCAAUUCCUCCUGAACCUCCUGCCAAGAGAGUGUGUACAAUCAGCCCUGCUCCUCGGCACAGUCCUGCCCUCAGUGUGCCCCUUAUGAAUCCUGGGGGCCAGUUCCAUCCUACACCUCCACCUCUUCAGCACUACACCUUAGAAGAUAUUGCAACUUCCCACCUAUAUCGUGAACCCAACAAGAUGUUAGAACACCGAGAAGUUCGUGAUAGACACCACAAUCUUAGUCUAAAUGGAGGCUAUCAAGAUGAGUUGGUAGAUCACCGUUUGACAGAAAGGGAAUGGGCUGAUGAAUGGAAACAUCUUGAUCAUGCCCUGAACUGCAUUAUGGAAAUGGUAGAAAAAACAAGGCGUUCCAUGGCAGUUUUGCGGCGCUGUCAGGAAUCUGAUCGUGACGAACUCAACUACUGGAAAAGACGAUACAACGAAAAUACAGAGAUGAGGAAAACGGGGAAUGAACUGGUCUCCAGGCAGCACAGUCCUGGGAGUGCGGAUCCUCUCAGCAGUGAUCCUCAGCGGGAAUUCAACAGUAGGCCAGCAACAGGAUAUGUACCUGUGGAAUUUUGGAAAAAAACCGAAGAAGCUGUGAAUAAGGUGAAAAUUCAGGCCAUGUCAGAAGUUCAGAAAGCCGUUGCUGAGGCAGAGCAAAAAGCCUUUGAAGUGAUUGCAACAGAGAGAGCUCGGAUGGAGCAAACCAUAGCGGACGUCAAACGGCAGGCUGCAGAGGAUGCCUUCCUUGUCAUAAAUGAACAAGAAGAAUCAACGGAGAACUGCUGGAACUGUGGCCGCAAAGCCAGCGAGACCUGCAGCGGCUGCAAUAUCGCACGAUACUGCGGCUCUUUCUGCCAACAUAAGGACUGGGAGCGGCACCACCGCCUCUGUGGCCAGAACCUGCACGGCCAGAGUCCCCACAGCCAGAGCCGGCCACUGCUUCCUGGAGGGAGGUCAGCCAGGUCUGCUGAUUGCAGCGUGCCAAGCCCAGCACUGGACAAGACCUCAGCAACCACCUCGCGCUCCUCAACACCUGCCUCUGUGACAGCCAUCGACAGCAACGGACUCUGAGCCCAGGCUCCUUCCCCCUGAUGACCUCACAGCACAGGGCUGGACCAGUACAAGUAGCUGCUGGGUCAUCAGCAAGAAGUGAAGUGGAGGCAGAAAGAGUCCAACCAAGCCCAGCAAACAUUGCUUCACAGCCUCUCCAGACACCUGCCCCAGUUUCCCAUCUGUGUCCUUGGGGGAAAUAGUGUGCCGUCCUUUCUGCACACAGGCAGUUGGCUGGAGCUGCCUCUUCCAUGGCUUUCUGGUUUGUUCCUCUCCCAGCUGGAGCUGGCGUGGCGGGCACCUUUUCAGUGUAGACCACCAGCUCCCCUCCCUGCCUCUUGAGGCAGCAGACUAUGUGCCCGGCCAGGCUGGAGGCAGCUGGCCCCAUGCACUGUCUCCUGCUCCACUGUCCUCCCGCAGCAGAGGCCUGGAGGCUGCGAGCAGGCUGGAGAGAGUCCUCCUGACAGGGAGUGGCCCCCCUCGUCCCCAGCAGCUUCAUGAGCCCAUUUCCACCCUCAGCAGAUGCCACUGAUUGGCCCAGGGGGACUUCGGGGAAGCAAAAAGCAGCACUCAGGACUCCCUUGACCCUGCUGUUCAGACUUGUUAAAAUUCUCAGAAACCACAGGAAAGUCACCAUUUUAGGAAAAGCACCCAUAACAAUAAAAAAUAAAUAAAACUUUCACCAAGCAUCACAGAUCAUCUUGGACAAGGUUUUCUAACCUGCCUGGCUUCUUCAGUUUAGGACCCAGUUUUCUCCCUCUCUGAUUUGAUUUUGCUUGUGCAGAAAAGUUUCCAGCACUUGGAUUGGUCUGAGGAAGAACGAGACUCAGGUGUAGAUUAGUCUGUUCUGAGCAUUUUGGCCAACUACUAUCAUCAAGUUAUUGAAUGGAUCGUCUGUUGGAAACUCAGAACCUCUUGUCACCGCUUGGCUGUUUGCACAGUCAUCUUGUUCUGUGUCUUGUCUCAGACCGCGUGUGUCCAGAUCACAGUGUGAAUCGGUCUCUAUCUGGCACCUCUGAAGCCGCAGUUGCCCCGUAAAAUGUGAUAUGGUGUGACUAGGACUCGCCUCACUAAUCAGGGCCUGGUUACUUCUGAGCAGCCCUCAUGGACCAUAAAGAAUUCUUCAGACCUCAUGGUUUCAUGUCAUUAUACAUAACUGCAUCAGCUUACUGUUGGGCACACAAUCUCAGACUCCCUUCUCGUGUGUUUGAUAGAUACCCAUUUUGAGCUAAGAAAUUUUGUGAAAUGUGAGAACCAUUUUGAGAGAACCUGACCAGUUUUCCUUCCUGUCUUCAGGGAGGUUUCCAGCUAUUGACUUGGCGCUCCCAAUAUGACAUCACCUAACCCUGUUUUAAAGUGUUCAGAACUGCCACACACAUUUUCCCUGACUUUUCUACUCUCCACCUCGCCUCCAGCACCUUCUCUCCCCACGGAAUCAGUUGGGAUGAGUUGGUCAGCUCUACUCCUGCUGGCACUUGAGAGCCCUGCUUUAGAUAGCCACCUUUUGUGCACUGACAAGAGUGAAAUAGAAGCUCUCAUCCUAUAAAGGAAAAGCAAUCAGCAUAGGUAGCAUUGUCCUUGCUUUAAGAAUUUCUAGUCCCUAAUUGACCUUACCGAAGGAUGUUCUGUCUUAUAAAGAAACGUAAUACAAGGCACCUUUAAAAUACCUGUAUUUCCAUUGCACAAAGUAAAGUAUACACAGAGAAGGAAUAACAGUAAUGUUACGUUGAUUUAGAACUCUAAACUGCAGUACUUGUGGGGUGUUCUGACUUUAACAGGGAUGAAGUCAGCACCCCUGAUGGGACUUGCCUAUAUUUUCAUAAGAUACGGAAUGUCCUCCAAGGAGGUCAUGGGGCCUAUUAAAUCAGUUUACAGCAAGAGGGUGUCUCGAGGUGUUCACUGGGUCUGCCCUCAGCUCACUCACUGUCUUUCCAUUGGCAAAUCAGAUGAACACCUAGGCAGGUUCUUUAAUAUAUAUAUAAUUUUUAUUUUUUUUAAAUUGAUUUCAGAGAGGAAGGGAGAGGGAGAGAAAGAUAGAAACAUCAGUGAUGAGAGAGAAUCAUCAAUCGGCUGCCUCCUGCACGCCCCCCACUGGGGAUUGAGCUUGAAACCCAGGCAUGUGCCCCUGACAGGAAUCAAACCUGGGACCCUUCAGUCCAUAGGCUGACGCUCGAUGUACUGAGCCAAACCAGCUAGGACGGGAUUCUUUAAUCUGACUAGACAGGGUAGAUCAGAUUUUUCCUGGUUGGAAUAAAGACCAAAACCAACAAAAUAUUAUCAUAGCUCGAUGUCAUUUUCUUAAGCUAAGGCAUAGGUUUAGUUGUGCAGGUUCUAGCUGGCUCUUUGUGGGCUGUGGUUCCAAUGACAGCUUAGUUUUCAGAGUUUUUGUGAUGCUAGUCAAUACUGCUCUGCUCAUGUCCUACCCAAAGUCCAAGCUGAAAACCUCGGCAGUAUUUGGUCAGUUUCACACAUUGGUUGCAGGCAUCUGUUCAAGACUUACUAUUUAGAUGGAAAGAAUCCCUUUCUCUAAUUUCCUGUCUGAAAUUCCCCAGCUCUCUAAUUGGGAGGAGGUGAUGGCACUGGCAGUGUUUUGGGAUGGGGUGAUGGCACUGGAGAGGCAGGGUUGAGUCUGAGUUCCCCACUUGAUUUCCAGUUUCUGCUAAUAUCACCCCAGCUACCAGGUGGGGGUUCAAGUUCAGGCUUCCCACCUUCAUCUAGUUGGAUUUUAAAUAUUUUUAUACAUAAUCAGGUUUCUUAGAGGACCACCUUUUAUUGCUAAUAUUUGGGGGGACAAAAGGUAGAAGGUUUCGGGGUGAUGGUACUGAAAGUGUUAUUAAGGCAGUCACAGGCUCUUCAAUGUUACCCUAGAAAUCAAAAGCAAAUAUGACACAUGUUGACCAGUGUCACCCCAAUAAAUUUAAUAAAUUAAAAAAAAACUGAUACAAGCCUGCCCAACGGUCAGAGCACAUCUGGAGGAUGAGGCCAGUGUUGAGGGAUGCUGACAAGUGAUGGGACAUCAUUGUCUUAUCCAGUGAAGAAUGGUCGCAGGAACCAGAGAAGACCAAAAGUGACCGGUGUGGGUGCGUUAGAUGUUCCAAGGGAUACUUGAGGGCUGGCCCCUCAGAUCUUCGGUCGCCUUCUGGGUCCCCACUGCCUGCAGCAUGCCUGGCUCUACCUCGUGGUGGAAACUGAGUCUGUUCAUUUCACCUGUGCAGGAAUAGCCACCCCCCCUUCUGAGGUGUGAGUACUCCACUUUGGGGGGCUCUUCAGCUCCAGGGGCCCUGGGCCAUAAGGUCACAGAGUGAGUGGAUCUUUUCCUGGACAGUGCGGAGUGGUGUGUGUGUCUCAGUGGAUCUAAGUCUGGAAACAGGACACAUCUACCCAGCAUGGGGAUGUCCAACACUGGCUGCAGUGCCCAUCCAGGCCAGCUGGUCUACCAGGAGCCCCUCACUUCUUGGUGUCAAUGUGAGCAUCUUCAGCUUCUAGACAGAGAAUCUACACUUGACUUUGUGCAGCCUGUUCCAAAGUCAAAUUGAUACCCAGUGCUUUCACCUGCUUGCAAGGAGUGUAGACCUUGUUCUUGGUAGCUCCAGAAAAGAUCUCAGCAAGUGGAUCUGAAGGUUCAGCAACUGAGAUUGGAAUUGUAUGGUGGUGAAUUCUUCAGAAUGAAAGCAUAGGUGAUGACCAGCUGGCUGUUUGUCCUGGAAAUUGUGGAAGGGAUUGUAGAUUGAAUAAAUCAUUUAAAAUAGAAUAUACCUUGGAGGCUUUCUUCAGAACUGGUUUCUAGACUCCCAGGUCAGUUGACCAAGCCAACUUCCUUAAAUUUAUUAUUUUUUAGCUCUUUGCAGAAAACUGGGUGGUGUGUUUGAACCAAAUGUAAGAAAAGCCAGAGGAACCUGGGCUGUUUCCACAUGGGCCAGACAGCCACUGUCAGGAGGAGUCCUGUCGGGGUGGGUUGGGUACUGGGCCAGCUGCCCAAUAGGGCCCUUCCGACUCUGGGUGCCUAGUUCUUGUAAAGCCAAAAUGUUGACUCCCUGCCUCUUUGCCCACAUGCUUUGACAUGCUCAUUUCCAAAGAUGAUGGUGCAGGCGACCUUGUCCACCGAGGGCCAGAAGGUCAGGAGGCCUGAGGGCAGCGGGCCUUGCAUCCUCCCUUCCGCAGCCACAGAGAUGGUGCUUCCCCUGCAGACCCCAUCUGGUCCGAUCCACUACUGCCCAGCGUACACUCAUUGAUGCUUAUACCAAAUAGGGCAUGUGUGGCUAGUGGCCGGCAGGGACAGCCCUGUCCCUGCGGUGGAGUUGGCAAAGAAGCAGCAAUACACAUUAGGUGAAUGGCUGAAAGAGCUGUUUGGCUAAGAGGCCUUCGGUCCACUUUCAUAGCUUUCCAAGUUCCUGAUGAGGCUACAAAAGCUCCAUUUAUGAAAGAAAGCCAAUCAUGUAAAUAAGCCUCCAAGCGUGGUUUUUUAAGGGAGACGAUGAAUGUGAAACCACCCACAGGAUGCGGUAGGGUCUGAUUUUUCUGUGCUUUGUCAUUUCUCUGAUAGGAACUUUUGUUACUUAACUCUGUGCAUAACUUAUUUAAUGUACUGUAUAAACGAACCAAAACUGUUAAAUAUGUAUUUAGUUUGUUCUACUUAAAGUAGUCAAUAAAAAGGCUAUAUUCCU